GCACAGCUUGCGUGGCGGCGGCAGUGCGCGCUUCGAGGCCAGCUGUGGCCUCCGCGCGCGCUCCCGCCAGCACUGUUACACGUGGCAGUUCUGUGAGCGCUCCCGGGGAGGGAGAGCCUGAAGGCAGCCGGCUUGUUGCGCGGCUCUCUGACAAGCGCCUGCGGGACCGGCUUAGAGCAGGGCGAGGUAGCGAAUUGAAAGCUGGGGACGGCCAGGAAAAAAUACUGCUGAAAUGAAUCACCAAGGAUAUGUUGCAGCACCUCCAUAUUCCCAGGCCCAGCCACGAAUGGGUGGAUUUUCUUCUGGCUUCGGACAAACAGUUUCUUCAUCUCUACAUGGACAUUAUAAUGAUCCAAAUACUUUUGCAUCUCAGUCAGGUAUAUUGAAAACAAAUGUGCCUUUUGGAGUUCCUCCUGUCAUGGGAUCUCCACCUCAGAACCUCUACUCACCUAAGCAGAGUAAUUUCCAGAAUGGACCCAGCACUGCAGCAGCUCCACAGGCAAACAGAUUUCCAGGUCCUCCAGCUUCUUAUCCUUCCAACCAUCAUUCUUUACAGUCUGGUCCUAACAGCCCCCCUCUGCCUGCAGUACAGCUGACAAAUCAGCUUGGCAACAUGCAGAUAAGUAAUUAUGGUCCCAGUAAUGCUCAGAACCCACCUUCUUCUGGGCCUUCACGCCUACCAUCACAUUUGCAAGGUCCACCACUUCAGCCACAUCCAAUGGCUUUGCCAACAAGUCCUCCUGUUUCUCUACCAAAUAACUUGAAUAGUCACUGCACUCCAUCUUUACCUCCUUCAAUGGCCAGGCAGGAGGGAAUCCCUGGCCCAAAUCCACUGAACACCAACUUGCCACAGCAAUUUGCAGGUGAAACUCCAGGUCCUGGGUUUCCUUCUCAGUAUGGAAAUUAUGGUCCUCCAAUGGCAGGGGCACAACUGUCUUAUCCAGGUGGCCUUCCCUCAGGUCCAGCACCAUUAGCUGGACCACAGCAAAGAAAACUUGAUCCAGAUUCCAUUCCAAGCCCAGUGAGUAAGAAUUUCAUCCUUUUGGUUCCCUGGAUGUGGCAUGCAAGCUGUAUCAUGCCCCAAAUCUCCUGAGCCUGGGAUUUUCAUUUAAGUGCUUAAACUUAUUGCUUUCCUUCAACCUCAGACCUCGCAAAACAGGCUCAAAUUCCACUGGCUGCUAUCAUCAAGCCUUUUGCCAAUAUUCCAGCAAAUGAGACACCACUUUAUUUGGUAAACCUUGGGGAAAAUGGACCAAUUCGAUGCAAUCGAUGUAAAGCUUACAUGUGUCCUUUCAUGCAGUUCAUUGAGGGAGGAAGAAAAUAUCAGUGUGGAUUUUGUAACUGUGUGAAUGAUGUUCCUCCAUUUUAUUUUCAACAUCUGGAUCACAUUGGUAGAAGAAUAGACCAUUAUGAAAGACCAGAGCUAUCACUUGGAUCAUAUGAGUAUGUUGCUACUUUAGAUUAUUGCAAGAACAACAAGCCUCCUCAGCCACCAGCCUAUAUUUUUAUGAUUGAUGUGUCAUACAACAACAUAAAAAGUGGUCUUGUUAAGCUCAUUUGUGAAGAACUAAAAACUGUACUGAACAGACUUCCAAAAGAGGAACAAGACGUUUCAACAAUUCGGGUUGGAUUUGUCACUUACAAUAAAAUCCUUCACUUCUUCAAUGUAAAAAGUACUCUUGCACAACCUCAAAUGAUGGUAGUCACUGAUGUCAGUGAAGUGUUUGUACCUUUGUUGGAUGGCUUCCUUGUCAACUUCCAAGAAUCACAAUCUGUUAUAAACAAUUUGCUGGACCAGAUUCCUGAGAUGUUUGGAGAUACAAAUGAGAGUGAGACAGUCUUUGCUCCUGUGAUUCAAGCAGGCAUGGAAGCACUCAAGGCAGCGGAGUGCCCUGGAAAACUGUUUAUCUUCCACUCUUCAUUGCCAACUGCAGAGGCACCAGGGAAGCUGAAGAACAGAGAUGAUAGGAAAUUGGUCAAUACAGAAAAGGAGAAGACACUGUUUCAGGCCCAGACAAAUAUUUAUGAGGCCUUAGCCAAGGACUGUGUUGCCAACAGUUGCUGUGUAAAUCUAUUUCUUUUCCCAAACCAGUAUGCAGAUAUCGCUUCCAUGGGCCUUGUCACUUUUCAUACUGGAGGAACAUUGUACAAGUACAACAAUUUUCAGAUACAUUCUGACAGCCAUCAAUUUCUUAAUGACCUGAGAAAGGAUAUAGAAAAAAAAGUGGGUUUUGAUGCAAUUAUGAGAGUUCGAACUAGCACAGGUUUUAGAGCAACAGACUUCCUGGGAUCUAUUUACAUGAACAAUACCACAGAUGUUGAACUGGCAGCAAUAGAUUGUGACAAAGCUGUGACUGUGGAGUUCAAGCAUGAUGAUAAAUUGAGUGAAGAUGGUGGGGCUUUAAUCCAGUGUGCAGUCCUUUACACAUCCAUGAAUGGUCAAAGAAGACUGCGCAUACAUAACAUUGGACUCAGUUGUAGUUCCCAGUUAGCUGAUAUCUACAAGAGCUGUGAGACUGAUGCACUAGUAAAUUUCUUUGCAAAAUCAGCUUAUAAAGCCAUUCUCAGCCAGCCCUUGAAGACUGUUCGUGAGAUCCUGGUGAAUCAAACAGCUCGCAUGUUGGCAUGUUACAGAAAGAACUGUGCUAGUCCAUCUGCAGUGAGCCAGCUUAUUCUCCCUGAUUCAAUGAAGGUACUUCCUGUCUACAUGAAUAGCCUUCUGAAAAGCUGUGUGCUGUUGGGCAAGUCAGAGAUUCCCACGGAUGAAAGAACUUUUCAUAGACAGCUGGUCAUGUCAAUGGAUGUUGCUAGCACCCAACUUUUAUUCUACCCACAGCUUUUGCCAAUUCAUUCUAUGGAUGUAAAUAAAGAUACAAUUCCUCCUGCCGUUCGCUGCUCAGAAGAACGUCUCUCUGAAGGAGGAGUAUUCCUAUUGGCCAAUUCUCUACAUAUGUUUCUAUGGCUUGGAGUCAGUGCCCCACCAGAGCUUAUCCAAGGGAUAUUUAAUGUGCCUUCCUUUGCACAUGUCAGCACUGAGGCUUUACGUCUUCCAGAACUGGAUAAUCCCUACUCUUCAAAACUGAGGUCUAUAAUAGAUCAGCUCCAAAGUAGAACACCUUAUUCCAUGAAGAUUCUGAUUGUGAAGCAACGAGAACAAAUAGAGAUGGUUUUCAAGCAGUUUUUGAUUGAAGACAAGAACAUCUACGGAGGAGCUUCUUAUGUGGACUUCUUAUGUUGUGUUCAUAAAGAAAUAUGUCAACUUCUCAACUAAUGGAUUUUAACUUUGUUCUCUGUGCAUUUGUUCAGAACCUAUUCAAGAAUGGCCAACCACCAUCACAAGGUGCUUUAUAUUGCUACCUUAUUGUACAGUUUCUAAUUUUGUAGAUUAGUGCUUUGUUUCAUAAUAAUGUAGCCAUCUAUAAUUAUGUAAACUAGGCAAAUAUUUGCUCAGGUAUAACUCCUAUGGGAGAGCCUUUAUCCUUCUUUAAAAGGAAGUUUUCUAAUGGCAAGGUUUGAAAUCCUGGAAUCUGUGUAAAACAUGCAAUUCUCACUUCACACAUUUUAAUAAACUACAAAGCAUUAAGCCCCGUUAUAUAUGAUUUGUAUUACUCAUAUAAUUUCCAAUCCUUUUUAUUGUACAUUUUGACUUAAUAACUUUUUCUCUCCUAGCUUACGUUUAAUUUAAUGUUAUUGUGCUUUUUAUUAUUUUGCAUACUGUGGUACUGUCACACAGCUAGAAGACUAUUCAGCCCCAGCAAAACAUCCAAACUGGGGCCACUGGAGAUUGUGGCUCUCUAGAUAUAAUUGGCCCAUCUGUGCCUCCCAAUCAUAUGUUCAUUUUGUAAAUAUUUUAAAAACUAAUUAUUUCUUGGGUUUAAUAAGGAAAAUGUGUAAUGAACUCAAUUGGGGGGGGGGGGGGGGGUAAUUCUUUUACAUGCAAUUUGUAUUUAGGACGAAACUAUUUUGUGUUGACCAUGUCCAGAAGCAAUCUCAAUAUAUUCACAUGGCUUCUCCACCAAAGGUUUGUUUAACAUACUCCAAACUCCUGUUAUUGUACAUGAAAACAACUGAAUUAUAACACUUUCUCUAUGAGACAGUAUUAAGGAAUUUGAGAUAGUUUUGUACAGGCCAUAGCAAAAUUUAAUGCCUUGCAAAAAGCAAAGUAGAAAUUGCUAUUACUGCAGUUUACCUAAAGAAUAAUUACUGGAGUAAAUUAACAUUUAAACAUUUAAACCUGUUCAACAUACUAACUUCCCAGACCUGGAAAAUGUACUAUUACUUGAAGGAUACUAUUGUUAAUUUUAUUCCUAAAAUAAAAGUUCUUUAUUUGACUAAAA